GUUACAGUUUUUCGGUGCUAAAAGGCUGAAUAUUUUCGCGUGCGGACGAGCGCGUGGAACUCACUCUUCCGUUUGUUUACCGCGGCGAACGAGUCAGGCGCUGCCCGGAGACACCUAAAGCGGCGCGCUCGAAGCGCCCGUCUCUUCCGCGUUGGCGGGGCGCUUCUCCACGUCACUCGCGUCGCGUCGACAAUCGGAGCACUUUCCACGCGAGCUCUCACUCCACAGCGAUGUCAUUGCUGGACUCCGAUGACAGCUACGAUCUGGUCUUCAAAAUAGUCCUGGUUGGAGAUGUCGGGGUCGGCAAAACCUGCGUGGUCCAGCGUUUCAAGACCGGCAUAUUCAUCGAAAAACAGGGCAACACGAUCGGCGUGGAUUUUACCAUGAAGACUCUGGAAAUACACGGGAAGAGAGUUAAGUUACAGAUUUGGGACACGGCCGGACAGGAGCGGUUUCGUACGAUCACACAGAGUUACUACCGCAGCGCUAAUGGUGCCAUCAUCACUUACGACAUCACAAAGAGGGCCUCCUUCAUGUCUGUGCCCAAGUGGAUGGAGGACGUGAAGAAAUACGGCGGCUCCAACAUUGUCCCUCUUUUAAUUGGUAACAAAUCAGACUUGACCGACUCGCGUGAGGUUCCUUUUGAGGAUGCACAGACCAUGGCUCACCAGCUGGAUUUCGUCAGCGCCAUCGAGACCUCAGCCAAGGACUCCAGCAACGUGGAAGAGGCGUUCAACAAAAUGGCCAGUGAGCUCAUUCUGAGACAUGGCGGGCCCAUGUUCACCGAAAACGUAACAGACAGCUUUAAACUCAACAGCAAGGACGUGACCAACGAGGGAUGGGGGUGUGGGUGUUGAUGACUGUGUUCAGAGAGCAAUAAAAAAAAAAACAUAAAAAAAAAAAGCUUUGGUUCUUACCACUCACUCAGUUAUGUAACCUGGGUACUGUCAGGCAGAUGCUGAGGAGACGCUGAGGAUAGAUGGGUUAUAAAAGAGCAGCCGUGAAGACGUUCUAAAUCGUAUACAGACAAAAAUUAAUUUCUAAACCAUUUCGGCUUGAAAAGACAGACGAGCGAGUGACGCAAACACAAGAAGUUUGAAGUAAGAAACGAUCCGUCUCGCACAAUCAGAUCAUGUUUGAUGCGCAACGUGUAGCAAGACUUUGGACCAAUGAUAUUUCACAAUGGGCAGCAUAAAAGAUAAAGAAGCUGCUGACAAAACGUCCCAUGGGGUCUCACAUGUAUGUGACGCGCUGGUACGUCAGCAGAGGUUUUGUACUGUAUGCUUUGGUGGCCUGUAGACCUUAUCUAGCAUAUAUAUCAUAUUUAAGUGAUGCAAAACAAGCUGUGAGGGAUAGACGGAGGAUAUAUUUGGUCAUGCGUUUAAUCGACGCCCACUUCUUUCUCAUUCCAGUAGAUGUGUCGUCUGGCCAAACUGAGGUCCACCGCCACCGACUUAAUCUUCCCGUUAGUUAUGUAACUCUUUCAAGACCUUUCGUAACUGUGGCAUCGUCGAUAUUUCUACUUUUUAUAGCUACUCGAGAGCAGAGGCGGUGGUGACGGCGUGUUUCACAGAAGGGGGUUCCAUUCAUGACUUUCCCUUUCAUCCGUAUUGCAUAGAAAUAUCUCAGUCUCCACUGAUUCUACUGACAUGAAUUCCCAGCGUGGGAUCGACAGCCACGAUCCUGAGAAAUUUUGCCAAUUUUAAGUUUUUUUUUGCAUUUAAUAAUUCAGGUAGCAAAUGAGAGGCCAUCUGCGGUCUGCUUGGGUAAAUUGGUUUACUCCCCCAACGGCUGCCACGAUGGGCCACUCAACAUUUUACUUUAAUUAUGUACUAUUUUGUGUAAAUGUAUGCUUUUCGUUUUUUACAAACUGGACGAUUUUAAAAAUGCAGACUGUUCUUGCGAACGCUUUUGAAUGGACGUUAUUUUGUCAGUGUCACCUGGGCAUUGAUAUUUGAUAUUUUUAAUUAAUUUAUACAUGCCGCAAAGCCUCCUUGAGUUACAGUAAGAGUAAAAUAAACUUGCAAAAAAGGAUUUUCUGAAAAUACAGUACUGUUUAAUUUGUGACCGCAUUGCACUGAUGAAUUAGGAAGCGACAUCCAUUGCCAUUUCAUCUCGAGCCGUUUUACAUCAGCGUGUUUGUAUUCGCCUGCAAUAUCUUCUUAAGGUUAAGAGCUCAGUUUGGUACUUUUUAUAUAUCGCUGACCAAGUCUUUUAAAUCAAGGGAAAAAUGGAGUAAUAGUUAAAUCCAAAUUUUUGUAUAUGGUGUGGUGGCGGCGGCAGCCUUUAAGAAUGUCGAGUGUGUAGUUUCACAAAUGUGUAGUUUAGGGAAAUGCAUUUAUUUAGUUAUAUACGGAUUUGCUGAAGUGAAAGUCGACAGUAUUUGAAAAGUCAGGUGUACUUGAAGGUAAAUCAUUGCAAGAGGAUUCUUCGGAGAACUUCUAGUGCCUUUUAAUAUGGUAGUGUUUUUAAUGUCAUUGGUAUUACUAUGCAUUUUGUUGUUUUUUGUCAAUCAUUGGAACGUUUUGAGAAACAUGAUCAAUCUGUAUUUGGUGAUAAAUUAUUAUUUUAUCAAUAAAAACUAUCCCUGCCUAACUUUUAA